CCCACCCGCCGCAUCGCACGCAUUAGCAUGGAUCUCAAGAAGGAACCGUCGCCCGUGCAGCUGGAGGACGCAAAGCAGUAUCUCGCGUCCAACAAGGUCAUGGAGACGUUGAAGUUCCUGAUGAUGUCCCUGCUGACGCAUCGCCCAGACGACCCGCACAGCUUCAUGGUUGCAAAGUUGCAGGAAAUGAGAAGUGCAAAGGUGCGCGGCCAAAGCUUGCAGUUCUACUCUCGCGAUAAUCUCUCGGCAAUUUUCCGGAUUCUCGAUUCGUCGAAUCGCGGACACAUAAACCUCGACCAGUACACCGAAGGCAUGAAGACCAUCGGCGCAGUCAACUUCAAUCCACGACCGAUGGGCGGCGCAAAGAUUCUGAUGGACACCUUCAUCGACGAGGCCCAAAUUGCCAUGGCCCGUCCAUAAUCGCCUGGUUUCGUCCAUGGGCAUCUCAGCCAGUGUCCCAUCGUCUGUGUUCCUGAGCUCCAGCGAAGAAAGAUGAGCGCGGAUGUAUAUCCAGCACCGGCCUCAAAGUUGGUGGAGUGGAUGCUGGGCUAUAUUCGCGUCGUUCCAUACCGUCGACGGAGCAGCCAUUAGCCCCACCGUUGCUGCUGGUCACCGCUAUGUCGCUGCUCGCGAAGAUGAUCUUGAAUACACACGG